GCGGAAGUCUCAGUUCCGCUCAGUCCAGUUCACUUCGAAACUGAGAGCACACGGACUAAAGUCACGCUUUCCCUGAGCAGCAGACCCGGCUUCACAAGGCAAGGUGAGACAACUUCUGAACUUUUUUAAUCUUUGAGAAAUUUACACAGGAAGAACGAGAGACUUUUUCGCCUCAUUUUCUCCUGUUUUCUUUUAUGACACCGUUAUUAAGUUACUUUUUAAAGAGCAGAACCGUAUUGAAAUAGGUCAGUGCUGCAAGUUUAAAACUUUCAGUAAAUCCAGUUUUAUUCUGCUCCCAACACAUUAUUUUAUUCCCCUAACUUCAAGAAUCAUCUGGUAUCUCAGUUUCAGACUCCAUCAGGACAGAGCAUUUGAAAUGUUAGACAUGUGUCACACCCACUGACAAAUUAAGGUUCAGUGAGAAAAACAAACUCGGUAGUUUAUCACCGGCGCUACUCCACGGAGACACCCGAGUGAGCACGAGCUGUGCUUACCUGGAAAUGAACCCUAGUCGCUUUAUGAUAUUAAAUCAUAUAACCUGAGAUUAAAAAAAAAAAAAAGCUUUUUCAUUUAGACUUUUGAAAGUUAGUCUCUAUGAAUUCAGUCUAUCAUAUGAUAAAAGAGCAAAGGGGUUUUCUGAACAACUUGUGUCCCAAACAAGUUGUCUCCAUGACUGACUGAAUGAUAAAAAUGGACAAAUGUGACUGUCAAAUGCAGCUUAGUAUGAAAGAAAUAUCUAUAUCUAUAUAAUAAGUAUUAUUUAAAAUGCUAUAUUUGCAUGCACUCUUGCGACAGUACAUUGUGAAAACAUUCUCCACUCUUUGAGUCAACAUAUCCUGCAAUGAUGUCACCUGGCAACACUGUCCCCAAGCAUUGUGAAAGCAGCAUAACGGCCGAAACUCCAGAGAUCUGAAUAAUACACUUUGUGUUCAGUAGUUUGUAGACAUUUCCUGACCGAUACUGAAGGAGGACUUUCAGGGAACAUGACUGAGCACAGUUGUAGGUAAACACCCAUUCACACACUCUCUCUGGAUUGGGUCAUAGAGGUCAAAGUAGAGAAUGGGACUUACGUUUAAAUAUACAGAUAUGUGUUUGAUUUAUGAUUUGUGGAGCUCUUGUGCUGUUUGGGUACUUUUUUAAUUUAACAGAAGUUUCAUUAAUCAAAGUAUAACAAUGAAUUAAAGUAUACAGAGCUAUGUAAAUGAAUAAAAAGUCAAGGAUAUUUCAGUGUGUCUAAGACAAGCACAUGACAUGACUCUAAAUUAGAUCGUGUUUAAAUGAGCGAGAUCAUUGAUACCUCUGCCAGCAGGUCCCCGUUGUGCUGUGCUGAAAGAAUCAUGUUUUAAUCUCCUCUAUGGUGUGAAAGUGAUGAAAUCUGCAGCACAUUUAAGUGCCAUUAUGUGACAGGAACUUAAAAGAUAAGGCUGGUGUGGAAAAUAACCAGAGCGAAUAGUGCUACUAGCUGAGUGAAGUUUUGAUGUGGGUGCUGCUUGUAAAAUGCUUGUGCACAGCUCAACGGUUUGCCUCUUGUUUGGGAACAUUAAAGGUGUGUCUCCUCACGUCUGUGCAUGAUAUCAUUAGAGAUUACACAACAAGCAGAGACAUGACAUGAGCUGAAGGUUUCCGCUCUCCAUACUCCAUAUUAGGAAGAGAAAUGCUGAUAUGAGAGACGAGUGUGACUCAGCUUCAAAAUCUGUGUUUUAGGCAUCUUUUACUGUGAAGUCCCUGUUGGCUUUGAAAUCCAACACUGAGAGAAGCUCGAGUGAACAAAUGACAUAGUUGUUAAAGAGCUAUCUAAUGGUGUGUUUUCCUCCAGGGUGGGUUUUUUUUUUCAAAUGAGAGGUGUGUGUCCUCAAGCCGUGAACCUUGGUUCAAAGAUCUUUGUUGAAAACUUGACGUAUUUAUGUCUACUCUGUCUUACCCCUUCAAGAAGAUUAAGUGUUUGUCAGAUUUCGUGGUUCAGAGGUGUCAGGUUGAGUGAAAUGGCAAACAAAUCUCGCAAAGGGGGGCUUUGUUGCUGAGUUCAUUGUAUUGUGUUCAGUAUUUGUUUAAGUGGUGUUAAGCUGUCCAAAGUUGAGUCGACUAAAGAGAUACAUCUGUGUGGAAGACUUCUAUCUAGGCACUUAUUUAAUCUUAAGUCACCUUGAAGGAAGAGACAGCUGCCUUCAUUGCUUACUUAUUAUAGACCUGAUUAUUCCACAUGUGUGCAUGAGUGUAUUAGCUUGAUUUCAAAAGUGUGUGCUCUCCAGGUGUUAAAGUCCUCCUUAUCACUUUCACACAUUAUUCUAUUCCUCUCCACAUGCUCUUUUGUGGCUCCUUAAAAGUGACGGCACCCUUUUAGGCCUGGUGCUGAAACAGAUAAACCAACCCUCUGAUUUUGACGCGUGUCUCUCUUAGAGCUGACCAGGUGACGGGUUAGAGCAGGUGGUGCUGUGACGGCAGCAUGACUUACAACCUCAAAAUGACAUGCCUCGGAGAAGACAAGGCAUUAUUAUUCAUGAAAUACUCAUCAGAAAAGUAUUUUCCCCCUGCAGCACAGCCCAGGCACACAAAUGAAUAAAUGUAUGCGCUUCUUUCACAGCUGCAGUAAAAUAUCAUCUGCGUAAUAGUUAAACACUCCUAAAUUCACUCAUACUUUCUUUACUAUCAUAUCAAAUUUUCUCAACAGAUACACCAGAUGACAUUAAACGCAUGUCUCAUAAAGUUAGAGUCAGAUUUAUUUCUAUUUCUCUCUUUUCUGCUGUAUUAUAAUGAUCUGUACAUGACAUUCAGUGAUUAUGGGUCAGUCUGUGAUGUGAUGUUUUCAUGUCAACAUACUCCCUUCCUGUUGUGGAGUCCAAAGGCGAUAUUUUUCCACAUGAUCUGCUUCAUUUCUGACAUUUUGAACUCACAUACACACAGACAGAUCCAGUCUGUGAACUAAUAAUCAGACCAGACUCAAAAGAAAGCCACAUCUGCCAGUGUGGUAUACUAAUUUUCUCGCCAAACUCAAUAAAUUUAAUCAUGCACUUAAAAUAUAACAUGAUUGCACUUAACCUCAGCCUCACUUUCGAUAAUAAGCCUGCAACUUCAAUUUUUCAGGGGCAAAGGAAUGCAUGACAGACAGGGCUUAAACCAGUGAAACUCAAUAAGCCAUGAAAUAUUUUACACCGCACCAAAUAGUCUUUGCUAAGUGGUUGGAAGUCUCUGGAAAAAAGACAGAUGAUUCUUGUGUCUCUCAGUGCCUAAUAUUCUCGCAUCUGGUUUGUUCAUUUAUUCCCCUGUGUGCUGUACGACUGUGUGAUUAUAGUUUUCAUUCUUGUUGCAAAAGCUCUGCUAAUGUUUCAGGUGAGUUAGUAUCUCUGAAUUAUCUCUUCUCUUAAAACACGAAAAUGUAGUUUGUUGGAUACCGUAGUCAUAACAAAACUUUCACACUCUGUGGGUUCAUUGAAAGGACAUGGUGAUGGCAGGUCCAAAGUUCAGCUUCAGAGUCACUGAUCCAGUUUUUUUUCAAAGUAAACAAAAAGAUAAUCAGGACUAUGGAUUAAUGUCAACCUCAUUUCUUAUUCAAAAGUGUGUCUUUUCAUUCUUAUUUCCCCCCCUAAAUUUGACUUUGUGCUGUAUUUAACAUAUUGCAAUAAAGACCUUAUUUUUCUCUCAUCUUGACUCAUCAGGAAAUAAUCCUCUUCAAAGAAUAUAACUGUACAUUUCAUGCCUCUUUACCCUGAAAGUUCAAAUAUUUUCUAAAUGCCAGUCUUGGCUGCAUGCUGUUUGUUUAUUACUGCACAGGAAGACACCCAGUGUGUUUACAUCCUCCUUUUCCUGUUAUUCUCUUCCCCUCGUUCUUCCUCUUUCUUGUAGUCUAUGAUAUCAGUGUGGUACUUGCCCCUUGUUUGGUUAUAUAUUCCUGUAAAUGUGGUUUCAUGCACAACCAAGUGUAAAAUAACUGCUCCUCUGUCCUCAGGUGAAUCAUGAGCAGCAGCUACAGCGUCACCCUGGCUGGCCCCGCCCCCUGGGGCUUCAGACUGCAAGGAGGGAAGGACUUCUGUCUGCCCCUCACCAUCUCACGGGUUAGUCAAACACGCACAUGCAGACAGAAACAAACACACGUCUCUUGCGUACCCUUUACUCCAUGACAGUCACCUCUGAGGAAUGCUGUCCGUGUUCACGAUGCCAUUUGCCUAGUAAGUGAUGAAAGCGCGUGUGCCAUUCAUCGUCUGUGUCACACUCAUUGCUGGAUUUAGACACCUCGUGUAACAGUUCACGACCUCUGUCACUCAGCCCCCUCAGCGGUCUUGACCUCCCCCUGUCAAGGCUGUGACUACUGUCAAAAUAAUGUUACAUAACUGAACCAAAAUAUCCAACAAAUUAAAAAAAACUCAGCUGGACUCCUCUGACGGCCUUUUGGGAUGUGUUUCUAGGAUUAGUUUGAAACCUGUUAACGGCUUCUGUCAUUUCGGUCAUUCAGAUGAGGGAUAGUGCUAAGUGUCCUGGCCUUUCUCGCUGGCUUUAGCCUUGAUGUGAGGCACAGGAGACUUUUAUAUUCCUGGUCUGCUGCGCAACCAUAGAAAACCAUCCUGAAAAUGUCCAUCUGGCUGAGACUCUGGAAAGCCAGUGGUCUGCAAUAACUAUUUGUGACUUCGGGCCAUGUAAAACUUGACUUUUACACUGGCUGACCAGGUUUUGUUAAACUCUUAGAUGAAAGAAGGAGUCGGGGUGGGACUACAGUUUGAAAACAGCCUGUUUAUAAGACAGAUUCAGCCUCAGCCUAAACAUAGCAACCCUGUUUAUGUUCAUGGUGUAAGGCCCUUCUGUGCAAACACUGUGAUUGCUGCACAAUAAACAAAAAGUUCAAAGUGCAGCCUGAUGGAAGUCUGUGAAGUGGCUCGCUUUUUCAACUUUAGGGACGUCUAAAAAGUCACAGUCCUACUCAAAACUUUCCUGUCAGAUUUGAUUAAAAAUUGGAUAUUUGUCCUCUGCAAGUUUUCUGUGAAGACGAGGGCCUUCAGCCAGUUUAAGGGUGAGGAGUUCACUCAAGUGUUGACCUGGAAAUUAGCAAAAAACAAAAGCUAGAAUAGGAUCAAUAUAGCUUUCUUUUCUAAUGGUGUAAUUGGUAUAUGGUAUAGAAAUGGACGACAUCCUUGUCCUGUUAUAAAAAGUGAAGCCAAACCAACCCAGGUGGUGGGCAAUGACACAUUACAUUGGAGGUGUUUUUUGAGCCGGAGUAUGUGCAGUAGGUAUCAGCUGGUGGGGCCUCUAUACACCUUGGAAAGCUCACUUCAGAUCAGCAUGUGGUGUCCAGGAGUUAUACCCCUUUCAUAUUUCAUUCAGGUUAUUGUGGAUCCUUCUUUCAAGAACCAUAUAAAAUAUAACUUUUCUCCACUAUUGUGUAUAAAAAAAGCAAAAUGGGUUCUUGAGCAUCUUAGCCCCUUAAAACUUCAAUUCAACUGGAAAAAGAAGAGGGAAUAAUUUUCAAAUGGAGUCUUGCGCAGUUUUCUACAAGGACCCUGAGUGUGCCAAGUGUCCCAAUAAAACAAAUCGUUCUUUUCGUCAAACAGGAUUAUAAAUAGGAAGCCUGUCCUCUAUCAGUCAAGCCUGUGCUUUGACAACAACUCUGAGUGCGGCAGAAUGAGCCGUGUUUUUUCACUUCCUGCUGCUUCCUGUUAUGUAAUUGUAAUCUUAAUGUCACGGCCAAGGUCAGUGACUCUGUUUAUUUGUUGUGGGCAGGAUCACUUACAGAACUGUGAAAGCUACGUGUGGAGAGGAAGAGUGCCUUUUCUCAAGUGGAAACAUGAUCCGCUUUAACAGUACGAAAGGUUAGAGGAGCUGUCCAGACUAUUUUUAUGCCCUGCCACUAUGAUAAUAAUGGAACGCGGGACAUUGUGUUGUCAUAGUGGCAUGUAGCUGUCAGAAGACAUCUUAACAUCUUAUUUUAAACACAAUACAUAGAAACACACUUUAUUAUCUUAUCAAAAACUGUUGAUGUUCUCUUUUUAAUGAGGUUUAAGAAUUCAAGGCUUUCCACGAUCAGCAUCAAAUUGGCUGUUUGCCUCUGUUGCCCUUUCAAGUUUGGCAUCAGCCAUUAAAAACACACACAAGGCCAACAUCUGCUUAGUAUACCUCUCUAUUUUCAACAGCUGAGUAACUUUUCACUUGGACUUCUAAAGCGAAGGUGUCCCAACCAUAAUUCAUCAUGAAUUUGCUCCAACAUUUACUUCACAAGAGGUGUAACAUUUGGAUUGGGGAUAUGAUUGGUCACUAUAUAAACUCUUUAAAAACUUAAGGAACAAAAGAAAAGCAUGUGGGCAUCUGUGCCGUCUGUGAUAAGUCACGUCCUGAGAGUCAAGGCAGGUGGGUUCAAAGAGGCCACAAACCACAUGAAAGCUUUGAAUCUGUUGAAAUCCCAAGCUCUAGUAAUGUGGUACUUUUGAUCACUUCUUCAUAUUUUUGUGGGCUAUCGUGGCAGAAAGCUACAGACCAUAAAUGUUUUGAGUAUCCCCUCUGUCCUGUGUUGAGUCAUCGGUGGUCUGGUGUGCGCCACAGUACUGCUGAGCCAGGCAACGCAGCACUCACGGCUGUUCAUUCCAUCACACUUGUUGGUUAGUUUCAUUCCUGUGACAUAUUUUCAUCCCAGUACAUCACAGUGAGAAAACGUCACAGACUUCUUGUUAUUGUCCUAGCACCACUGUCUCCUAAUCCAUCCACAGACACGUUUACAGGCGACGUAAAUCAGGGUGGAGAAGUGCUCUUUAAUGUGAAGCAAUGCUGAAUGACGGAUCCACCAGUUCUCUGGUAAAGCUGGUGGUUUCAAAACUUUCUCUACAGGGCCCCCCUUAGUAGAUGAAAAUAUUUUCAAUCCCUCACUCCCCCUCACCAUACACAUCAACACAUUAUCCAUUUACAGUAAAACACUACCAGACGUGCCCUUUGUGAACAAUUUCCUGUAUCUUUAAAAUUGAUUGAAACACUGCAAAAAAAAAAACAUCCUUUUAUCCAUUUACAAAAUUUGGCAUGCUUCUCUGGCGGUGCAGAACUGGACCCCUCCAAGGAAUUCCGUCCCCCCCAGUUUGGGAAUAUCUAGUAUGAGCAGUUGUCUAUGAUUCCUGAAUCUUGUUUUGAAUUAAAGGAGCAAAUUUAUUCACGAAGCAAAAACUGAACAGACGGAGCAUAUAUGGAAACACUUUCACCAUCACUUAAGCUUCUUGAUUUGAGAAUAAUGCAGACUACAGACCUGUUUUAAGGCUCAUUUGAGACCAACGAUGAUAAAUAGGCACAAUUUGCAGUGAAUUAAAUGCAUCUGUUGCUUUCACUCUAAGGCAUAUGUAUUUUAUAUAUAUUUUUUUGCUUAGAUGGUUGCAAUUACCAUAGAAUAAUGAUGUAAUGACUCUACUUAUUUUUCCCAUAUGUAACUGAUCCUAAGAUUACAUGCUGCACUGUACAGUAUAUGAGGCUGGUUGCUUACAAGACAACCACAGCGUAUUAUCCUAUAGUUUUUUGAUGGUAUGAUCAGUGUUGACCCUGUAAUAACGCUGAAUAAAAGUAUAGGAUGGAUUUCAUACUAAAUCAAUCAGUCUUUACUUUGAAAAUCUUACAGAAUAAAGGAGCAAAAUUUGCCUCAUUUUAACUGUUUGUACUGCAGGAAUAUAUAAGAACAGAGAAAAACUACUUUGAUCUGUAUUCAUGUAUUUAACACAAUCACACUCUGAACAAUGCAGCUGCUAAAAGUAAGACCACCCAAUACUUUAAGGGUGACAUAUGGAGGAAAGGCCUAGUUAUGUACAUAAUGUGUGGGGGUGUAUGUGUUCCUGUUCCCCCAGACUCUUUCCGCCCUCAUCGUCUGUGGUUAUCCAAGCUCCUUUUUUGGCAUUUCUUGAUGAGCUUUACAUGAGAACGACCAUCACUCACAAUGUUUUUUGUGCUGCUUAUGAAGGAAUGGAAAAUAUCUACCCAAAAGACAUAACACCAGAGUAAAUUAUAUCAAUUUAUGCUCAGAGGAUUAAGAUGAACAGUUAGGUCAUAAAUUCACUUCACUGUUAUUUUUAAGAAUUAUGUAAGACUUAUUAACAGAAAUAAGAGUAACUCUCACUUAUCUACAUGUCUGGUCAGUUUGGGGUCAAUUUCCCCCUCUUUUCCCAUUGACCCCUAACCCCGCCCCCUCCUGCUUUUCUCUGGCGUCUUUUGGUUGUUGUUUUAGUGACAUGUGAUACUCUGAGUAAACUUUGUGCAAACUAAUUUUAGCUCUGUGUUUGCAGUCGGCUCCGAGCUUAGGGAUUUGUUCUACCUCGAGCACCUCCUUUAUGUGUUAAUAUGGUGAAGCUACUUUCACUCUCAAAGAAAGAGGAAUGUGAUGAUGUAGUGUAUCUGGGCAACCCACAUCAACAUUAGGAGUGAGAGGCAUUCAUUGUGCUUUUUAUUAAGAAAAACAGGGUGUAGUAGAACCAGACAGCCUGUUUUGACUACUUAAGUAUACAGCUGUACAGUGAUAGUGUUUAUAGUUUACAGAUAUAUCAGUUGAUGAUUCAUUGGCAGAAAAGUGAGGCAGUAACAGCUUAAUGAAAAUGAUGAUUGAUCAGAGCCUGCCAAUUGGCCAAAACCCAAGCCGAGCCAAACUGAGCAGGUUCCUUUGAGAAACCAAAACAGCUGGAGUUGAUUUUGGAAGUUUUGUGAAUUAAAUUUGGUUUGAAACACCCUGAUGUGUGCUCUUUGAUGUGCCUGUAAACAUAUCCUUUACCUAGUAGUUUUCUUCUUCUUUCUGUAAAUGUUGUGACGUUUUAAAUUGAGCCCGUACUGAAUUUGAAAGGUUGACAGAAAGUUCAAUUUCUUCUCUAAACUCUAGUCUAAAAAGAUUUUUUCUAGCUCCAUUUGUUGAGCAACUGAAUAAACUUAGGUGGUGUCCAGCUUCCAAAAAUUUGCAGUGUAGACUCUUUGGAUGGUAAUGACAUGAAAAGACUGUAAUUACACUGGUGUCUCCAUAUGAGCUACAAAAGAAAACCAGACAAACAGCAUCGAGAUCAAUCUUUGAUGGACCUUAGGCCUUUUGUUUGUUGGUAUCAGACUACAUUCAGGGCUGCCAAGUUUCAGAAAAUGACAAGGGUGAGACUUUAGCGUCAUGAUGUGUUUGGCGGUGGCAAAAAUAUUGGCUUUUUUAGCGUCGAUUUAUACCUCAAGACUGAUGUCCUCACCUCCAUCCACCUAUCAUCCAUCUUCGGGAGAGCAGAAGAAUGUUGAGUGGGUUUUAAAUGUCAGGGCUGUUGUGUGUGAAAGAUAGAAACGCCAAGACCUGCCUUACAUUGCAUCUGAUUGGUUUAUAUUCCGUGGUGCCUUCUGUGGUUGGUUAGGUUUAGGCACACAGGACUGAUGGAUUGGUCUGGGAUUGGUUAUCUCAGUCAGUCAAUCAGAGUUACUCAAACUACGGCAAGCCAAGUUUAUCAUCAUGAAAAAAAAAAAAUGCAGAGUAUUGCAUGGGGAAAUAUAAGCGUGAGAAAUGUCAAGUGUGGCGUGUGGUGUGAGAAUGGGUCAAAUUGCGUGACUGUCACACACAAAGCAUGACGCUCGGCAGCUCUGCUAUAUACAUCGUAAAAAAUGCCUUUCUUCACUGUCAUCCCUGUAAAGAAUCACAGUAAUGUGAAUAAACAUCACUUAAAGUGAUUUUAAAGUCACAGAAAGAGUUGGAAUAUAAACCUUAAGUUUUGCCAAAGUUCAGAUGUGCUUCCGUGAUUUAGGCCAUUCGUUGUAAGGUUGUCAUUAAACUCAACCAGAACUGUUUAAACAAAGCUUUUCCCCCCUUCUGGUGUUCAAAUGAAACCACAUAUGAUGAAUAUUAUCGUAGGCCUUUUGUCUCGUCAAAUCAUGUUGUCCAAUGACAAAAUCUCCGCCAUCAGCCAGUCUGCACGUUUUCACCGGCACCAAACAGGAAGCUGCAAGCUAGCAAAACAAACAUGACAGGGAGGUGAAAGAACGAGCUGUACUCUUGUGCUGUAGAAAGGAGGGAAAACUGUUGUACUUGUGGAGUGAACAAUAAAGCUUUUAUGUCAGAAUAGCGCUGAAAAAUGUGGACAGCAACUGACCAAAGCUUGCUAGCUAACUAUAGCGCCCUAGCUGUUCCUAGCAAGCUAGCUAACCACUGUUUUAAGUGGCAGCAGGAAUCCAGUUGAACUCUUGUUCGUGACCCAAUUUUUGCAAAACUUAGUCAGUUUUUGUGAAGUUUUUCCAAAAUCUUUCUCUGUAAGAAGUUGUAGGUAAUAUGUUUGACUGUAACCUGUGAGCAAGAAAAUUUGUAUCACCAAUAAAACACCAACAAUGAAUGAACAAGUAGAUCAGCAAAGGGUGAAAAGUUACCACAGCUGGUGCCAAAUUCCACUCAGAUUUAAAGGUCUUCACAGUCGGUGUAAAACAACUGAAAUGACGAAUGAGUUUCAUCUGUUUUCUCAGGUUGUUGAGUAUUAAAAGAUAAUAUUUUGUGAUAGUAAAUGCUGGAGUACAAGUAAAGACGCCCUGCUGUUUGUGGAAACCUGUCUCUUGUAUUUCGCCAUUGAUUUACUCUCAAUACAGAAAGUAGUUUAUAUCUUGCGAAGCUCAUCGGAUAAAGAAUAAUCCGUCUUGCCUCUUCUGACAUUGAGCUGUAACUUUAAGUUCAGUUCACGUCCAGAAAAAAUAAACUCAAGCAGUGAGAAAUUCCCCUGGCAUUUCAGGAAACCUUUAAGACGGAUAGUUUGCGGUCUAGGCCGCAUAGCUGCCAAACAGAUUGUGUGUAAUUCUUUUAUCUGUCUCUUGUCUUAAAAUCUCCAGAGCGUUCAUACACGGAAACUAGAAUUUAAUAAAACCAUUUUAAUCUCUCCAAUAUUUCACUGCUUUAGAUUUUUAGACUUUCACACGAUAUACUUAGUAAUAUGGGAUUCAUGCAGGGUCCUGAAGAUGUGUUCAGGUUACAUAUGGUCUUAGUAGAUAACUGCAGUAUGUGUUUGAUCCCAGUUUCAUCUCCCUGGUGUCUGUCUGACAUUAUAUUGAAGGCAUCUGCUUUCAAUCUUCCUGAUGCUGUAUGGCAGAGCUAUAAAGAAUAACAGAGCUGUCACUUUUUGAUUUAGAUCAAGAGCGCUGGUUUCUUUUUUUCCUUGUGAUAAAAGAUAUUUAAAGGAAUAAUACACGUGAUUUAAACACCCAAUAUGCUCUGCACUGAGGUUCACUCCGUGCCAAUCUUUUCCAGGUUGGAUUACAUCUUAAAUUUAUGGCUGUGCCCAUCAUUUAGCAAAUCAUAUAGAGACAGGAGAAGGUCAAGGCUCAGACUGUAGUAUACGUGAUAAUAUUUAGAGUGAUCCUCUGAUCCACCACUAUGCACUUGGCAACAGUAGCAUGAAAACUUUCUUCCUUAGCACUUCCUCUUAUCAGGCAGAAACCAUAAGCAGAGCCAAACACAUUGACUGGCAGCUGUCUGCCCCAAUUCAAUGAGUUGAGAAAGUAGAAAAGAGAGAAAUCUCUCCACCACUGAUAGGCUGAUUGUUUUAUGACAGACUUUUUAUAAUGAAAAGCACAGGAAAGUGCAGAUUUGUAGAUUGUAGUACAGCAUUGAUGCAGUUGAAGUCUUGUUUAUGCUACAAGCUUAUGGUGCCAGUUUCGGCUCCAAUCUGUUGUCCAUUGGCACAUCAUUUUCUACUCCGUCUUCCUUGUUUUCUACUCCACUGUCCUUUCCUCAAUAAAGGUGUGAAAAGGCCAAAUGGAAACUGGUUUAAUGCAGUUGAUUAGAUAAAACUGGUCUAGUAUUCUGGUGGUUCUCUGAAGUCAUGUGGUUGAACCUGAAUUUUGAUGUGAUACAUUGUGACAGUCGAGAAAUCACUGUACCUUCUGUUACUUUAAAAAAGUCUUUUUCAAAAUAAUUGAUAAAGUAUCUUUCAAAAUAGAGUUUCGAGGAGUUAUUAAAACACUGCACAAACAGAGAUAGACUGAAACAAACUGACAGCCAUAAAACCAGACACAUUCUCACACAUCACCUCCACUUGUUUCUCAAGGGUUGUUAUGAAGCCCAAAGAUGGUGCUUGCCAUUUGGAAAGCAGACUCCAGCUAACUUGUAGCUAGGCUAGAAGCUUGUGAAGAGGUGGGGUUGAGGCAUUGGCCUUGCUGCAUGGAAACAGCUACAGUGCCAGGAAUUAUGCUUGACUCCUAGCCAUAACUAUCAAAACAUUGGUUCUUCGUGACACUAAAGACUGUUGUACACCCAUUUACACAUGAGCCAUCCAGAAUGAGCUGCCGUCAAACCAGUAGAUGAAACUACAUCAUCAAACUUUAUUCAAAAUCAUGAAUGGAGACAAAAAACAGCAGUUGCACUUGACUCAAAACCCCACCAUGGCUACCAGCCUUUUCAUAUCAUCUGCGUCAGCAGUGCCAGUCAGCCUGGUUUGUUUCUAACCUGACUAAGGAGCAUUCAGUAUUCAGUACAGGAUUGGCACCGCUUUGUGCUGUUUUGUUUGUGUUGUCAUGGCGACUUGACUGAGAGCUUCGUAUGUAGGUCUGCCUGGAAUCUCGUGUUUUCCAGCAGCCUCAUUGAUGUAGAAAGAGUCCAGGGUUAAACCAUGACAACCACGGGUUUACCUCUACUCAAGUGGCCUUAAUUGCAAUGUUUGGCUCAGAGGAAAAGAGCCCUUGCUUUUUUGUCCACUCCCAGCAUCUGUAAGGGUGCAUUGCUGGCCUUCUCUUCACCUCUCUACUGUUUAACAAGUUUGUGCAAGGUGUUGCAGGUGCAUAGCAGGAUUCUCCUCACAGUAAUGUGCACUCAGUGGAUUCUGCUUGUGUUACCUGGACUAAUUCACCCCAGAGUUUCUGCAGGGUAGACUAAUUUUCUUUUUGAUGAGCUUUACAGGUGGAACGCAGGAACCACAGUCCUUCCUGUAAGGAAAACUUCAUACUGCAUGAUGAGCUCUAAAAUUAAGAGACAGCAUUCUGAAGUCCUCCUCCAGAUUUUCAGGCAUGUUGGAUUCAUUACAACAAAACCAACAAACAAAACCCCAGUCUUGUAAAACACCAACUGUUACUCAUGAAGUUGUCCAGCUUCAUAAUUACACAGUCAGAGUCAGUCAAUCUUCAUCUUUGUGUGCGAUGACAUAAUAUUAGGCCCAAGUCUUUUCCAUAUAAGGUCCGGUGUCUAUGCCUCUGCCCUACAGACAUGACAUGCAUCUCACAGGCCUUCAGUUCUCGCCACAAGACACUUCCUGUAACAUGACUUCUGAAAUGUGAAAAGACCACAGCCCUUUUCCCUUCUCCAGAAGAAUUCCACUGAAGGCAGGAAGUUACACACCAGCAAAGAGGAUGAUUAGCAUCCCAUCAGUGCUUUAAUGAGCUACCCUUCCUUAAAUAUGUCUGGCUUUAGAGUCUCAAAUUAAAAGUACUGUAUAUUUCACCUAUAAAGGUUUUUGCAUUGAAUUUCAAUUGUUGAACUAAACUCUAUGAAUCAGUGGUUCGUAUAAAACAGAAAUCAUCUGCUACUGAUUAUUGCCACUGAAUUGGGAGUUUUAGCUGCAGCUUAUGAUCUCAGCAUGAUAGACAUCUAGCUGAAUACAAAGCUAAGGUCUGUUUUCUCUACAAACAGAGUUUCUGCGCCCAGUUUUCCCCAAUAAUGAAACCUCUUGAACUAUUUAUUGUUCUUCAGUCAUUUACAUCCCCAUUCAGGAUCAGCAGAUGACUCAAAGUUAUUUAUUCACAUACAUUAAUAUAUUUGAUUAUGGCUGCAUGGAUCAAAACAUAUCCGCAUCAUUAUUCUAGGCUCUCCCUCUCCUUUUCGAAUAGCCUUAUCCAAAAAACGUUUAAAUUUCUUAUUAGUGUUUUAUAGUCUACCUUUCUGCAAAGACAUCUGUACACAAAUGAGGUGGUUUUCUCUGCAUUAAUCUCCCAAUCUCAAGUAUCAUAUAAGUUUUUCUACAAGCCCUCAGGUUGAUCUGUCAAGUCCUUGGCAAUAGUCUCUGUUGGAGCUUCAUUUGUCGAAGCAGAGACAUUUACAUGUGUAGCGUGAGGCAACUGGUCAUUACCAGUAACAGCACAGCAGUCGGAUCAGCCGUGUGGAGAGGAGCAGAGCAGCACAGCGGUAACACCAUUAUGUGGCUGGAAUCCCAUUCAUGUAAUCACAGUUGGAAAGACACUUCAUUCAUUUGGAGGAGUCUCUCUUGUCUGCAGCCCUCACUUUGGAAAAUAGCCAUCAAAUAAAUCUUUUUUUUACCCCUAACUUGGAUGAUUUUUAGAUUUUUUUUGGCCUAGAAAGGUUUUUUAAAAAACUAGCUUUUGUCCCUACGCGCUCAAAAGAUUUGUUCGAUACUACAGUGCUAAAAUGUCCCACUCUUUUGAGGGAGAAACAGUAGCACGGCCAAAGUUCCUGCUCAUUAUUUAUCUGCUCUCCAUGAGUGCCUUCAACCUCUCUUGAUUUGUAUUUAUAGACUGCAGAUGCCACAGAUUCUUACUGUGACAUCUAUUUGUUUUGUAUCCAUGUGAGAAAGAGAGUGUUUGACCAGCGGAGCUUUGGAUUUAUAAAGUGCUCUCUGUUCACCACAGACUGAACCAUUAAACACAGCUGACCACAUACAAAAACACAUAUUUUAUUCGCGACUUCUUCUCUCUUUAAGUUUUUAAGGGAGCAUAUUUGUGGAAUUCCCAUAUAUAGAGCUGUAUAGCAUUGUCUUUUCUCACAUCCUUACAAGGAGAGAUGUCUUUUCACUCUGGCUAACUCAUACAGCCACACACACACACACAGGCACGCUGAGACGGAGACACGGGCAGAUUAAGAGAGAGGAAUCCGUGUCCUAGGGACGUGUCCAUUCAGCAAUCCCUUUGCAGCUUUCUUCCUGCCAUUAACCUCUGGAUCUGCCUAAAAGAGUACAACAGAGCUAACAGAUGCCAGUGAUCUCUGAAGAGUGCUUACACGCUCUUUUGAGGCCUCUGCACAGAAGAGUAAUGGUUUUCUUUAUUGGAAGUGAAUGAGUCAGGACAGACUUGCUCAAUGCUGACAGGUGUGAGUGUGUAUGAGUCUGUGCCGGACACUGAGUGAGUGAGCAAGUGAGUCAGUCAAAGCUGUGUUCACGCACGCCCUUUGUGAGUGACACUUAGCACGUUGCUGCACUAUAGGUUUCCAGGGCAUUGGUAUGCAUACAUCAGCCCUGCUAUACAUCCUGCACUUCCCGCUACUGAUUUACUUGAUAAAGGCACAAGAAAAAACACAGCUCCAGAGAAAAUAUGCUGGCGGUCACUGCCACCAGCACCGUCACUUCCUCAUUCUUUCCCUCCUUAACCCCCUCCCUCACACUUUGCCCCAAUUUUUAAUGAGGUGUACAUAAUAGCACACUCUUUAUGUCACACUAGGUUCUUUUUAAAUACAGGAAGGUCCUAUAACUAGCUAAACAGAAUGCAUUCUCAGCAGUGUGGAGAGUAUUUACAUAUAUACAUAUAUUCUAACACACACACAUAUAUAUUUAUUUUUGAUAAUUCUCUUUAGUAUUUAUCUUUCUAUUUUAUUCUUAUAUGUACAUUUUAUUUUAAUGUUAUGUAGAAUUCUUGUCUUGUAUAUAUAGUACCUUCUUUCUUAAACUAUUUGUACUUUUACUACCUUAUUUCUACUUGCCUAUUGCACUGGAAAAGGAGAAGCUCUCCAAUCUCGUUGUACUUUUAGUAUCAUGACAAUAAAGGACAUUCUGAUAUUUCUUUUUUAUAUAACCAAGAAAGUUGAACUAUUUAGUAAAUGAUGAGAAAACAAAGUAUAAGACUAAGAGUUUUAAUUCUAAGAAAAAAAAUUGUUUGAUGAAAAAAAGAGGCCCUAAAGUUGAGCCUUGUGGGACACCACAUUUCACUUUUUAAUUAAUUUUCGACUCAGAAGUUCUUUCUCUCAGGUUAAGGGUGAGGCACUAAAAGAGAUCUGCAGACUUAGUUUAUUUACAGGGGGGGUUUUAAAAUGUUUAAGUGGUUUGAGAGUGUGUAGACAGUUUUUUUAUUUUGCAUCUGUUUUGUUUGGUUGGUUUGUACGCUUAGAUGCCAGUGGAGGUGAACACAGUUACUGAUCUCACCUCGGUGUCUUCUAUACACAUGUUUAUGUUCUACCAUACUGGUGUACGCUCAAUGUUUUUUUCCUUUACGUGUAAGGCUCCAGGCGGUCGGGAAUCGUGUUCCCUCACAUUUCUGAGAGAUGACAUAAAGAUAUGAUCACAUGACAACCAUCAUAAAAUAAUGAGAAAGCAGAGUCUGUUUUUGUUCCCAUGGCCGUACCCAGCAUGGCUGUACUUGUUGUGGGUGCUUUAAGAGCGCGCUGAGUGAUGAAUGAGGUGUGCACAGCUUUGAGACGUCACUGGUUGAUCACCACACCUGGUAGAGAGUCAUCGCACUGUCACGGUUUUAUUACACUUUUUCCCGCUUGUUAAAAUCUGAGCUUUAGAAUGAUGGAGGGGUUGAAUAACCUCAACCCUGGUCAACCGACUACACUCUCGGUGAAACAAUAAAAUAGCCGGCACAAGAGUAUGGUGAAUUAUCCAGGGACUAUUUCUCAAACACAGUUGUGCAAAUGACAGAGGCACAAUGAAUACAACCCGAUGGAAUUAAAACAUGACUAAAGAUUUUGUCUUAUUUCUUGGUCCUUUUUUCUCAACCUCUUGUUUAAAUGUGCGUCUCUGCUGAUCCUGGCCUGUGAAUGUUUUUGUUUGUGAAGAGUGCAGAACUCUCUUAUCUCUUCUGAUAACGGUUACAUAAGUCAGGAAACAGGAAUGAGAACACAAUACUCAGUGAUAAGAAAUAAAUCAACAAAUUGCUUGAUUUGUAAUACACUUUGUUUUGCUUUGAAAUUUUAGAUACAACCCCGAAGUCCCAGAUGUCAACCUAAAUUAUUCUUGAGUAAAACAAAAUACUCUCUCAUCAUGUUUAUUGACUUUUUUUGUGUCAUUGCAGCUCACUGAUGGAGGUAAAGCAGCCAAAGCCAAGAUCAGCAUUGGAGACAUCAUUCUGUCUAUAGAUGGCAUUUCAACAGACAGCAUGAAUCAUCUGGAGGCCCAGAACAAGAUAAAGGCCUGCACAGACCAACUCAGCCUCACUCUGCAGAGGUAACAUUUCCAUACACGUACACAUACCUGUUUAUGGUUCGAACAAUAUCAGAAAAAAAGUUUUCAAUUAUUAAAUCAGAAAGAAAUCUUGUGAAUGAAAAAUAUGUAAAGGUUAAUUUUAGUCUAAUUCUUGGUUAAUUAGUCAAAGUUCUUGUUUGAUGUUUUUCCAUGCUGCUAAGUGUUUGGACCUAAUAUCUAAAAGUCUGCCAAGUUUGCUCCUCUGCUUCCUCCAUUAUAAAAAGGAAGGACCUCCUGUUCUGGGCUCUUGUGUCCACUAAAGCUUUACUGCGAGCAUCAGGAGCACUUUGAGUGAGGGCCCUUUGUUCCUUUAGACAUGCCUCAAAGAAAAGAAAACAAGGAUUCAACAGAGAUCCACCAGGGAAACUUUCAAUCCAAAGAAAACUACUCAGUGUCCAAAAUCUCUUUACCUGGCUCAGAAAUUUCAGCAAACAAAGCUCUAUUUAUUCCACUUUGAAGAGUAGGCAAUAAAAGAAGAGUGUCCACAACAACAAGCAAUUAAACCAAACCCAGUGGAUUUUUCUGCAGCAGUAGAGCGUAAAAGAGCGGCCUCAGCGUCAAACCCAAACAAAUGGCAGUGAAGCACGCUAGCUGUAAAACAUGUUGACAGAAAGAAAUCAAAGCCUAGUUUGCGUGUCGUGUCAUUUCAGCACCACAUCACUGCUGUAAUCGUGGGAAAAUAGUCCUAAAAUAGCUCUGGACCCCAGCUGCAUGUAAUUGACUGUGAGGAAUGGAUGCUCAAUGAAACAUCAAACGCGCCUCAUCUCAGAAAGGACAUAAACUACAUCUACAAAUCCCCCAAUAAACAAGAAAGGCUUUCUUCUCACAAAGAAAACAUGAAGUUUGAUCCAUAUAUGGUUACAUUUUAGGAGGUAGUUUUCCUUGUAUGAAUAUUUUAUGCCUAUAGAUAGUUUAAGAGCCAUUUUACUGUUUAAAAGAGUACAUUUUGAAGAAUCAGGACUGGAGAAGUUAGUCUGUUGCUUAAAAGUUCACUGAGGCUGAAGAGAGCGGGAACGUUGAAUAGUCACUCUGACCUUUAUGCAGUCUCUUCUACAGCUCCACACAACAAAAGAUCUCAAAUUCCAAUAAUUAUCUCUGCAAGGUGUAGUUUUCUACAGUCAUGUUCUCAAACUGGAAUAAGUUUUAUUGGGCAGGUGCGUGCAGACAAGGAAUUUAUUGCUUCCACAGAAAGAAAUAGACAGACGCUUUAGAAAAAAGGACAACAAGCUCCACGAAGAAAAAGAGAAAUUCAGUUCUAAAAUUAUAAACAUAUUUUUAAAUCGUACAGAAAUAAAUACAGACACAGCAGUAUUAACAUUUGCAAGCAGUAAGAUAACAUUUGAUUUACGUGUUCAUUGUUACCAACUGAAACCGACUAUUUUGGUCACACGAAACAUUCCCAGAGUGCCAAGAUGUGAUGAAUGGACUACAGUUUCGUACAAUUAUGUCACUUUGUCAUAGUUUGCAUUCUUUGCUCCUUAAAUAGACACUCUGUGCUGCGUGGUGCAGGUGUGUGAAAUGACGUCAUCCCACAGAGAAGUUACACUGCUGUUUGUUUUCAUUAAGAUUUGGCGUUAUUAAUUAAAAAAAGAUCUAUCUUCCAGUCAAACUGUGUUUUAUGGAAUAAAACACAAAAGUUUGAAAAAGAUAACGCCUGCAGUUGUUCAUUAACUAGAGUGUAACAAACAGAAGUGGUUACAAAAUGACUAUUUCUGGUCAUGCUGUAAUGUCUAAAGAAGUUCGCAGUUAACAACACUGAAGUGUCACAUUCAUUGCAGUUUCCGUUUAUUGUCUGGAAGAAAAGGGCAGACACGCUCAUUGAUGCGGAUAUGUUUUAAGUUAUUUCCCUGUUGCUAGGUGAUGGGACAACAUGUUCUCAUAAGGGAGGAUAUUGACUUUGUCAAAGUACGUUUCUCAUCCUGUAGCUCCUCUACACAGUAAACCCUGAAUGUACUGUCCAGAUGAGUCUGACUGAGUGAGGAGGUGUUGUGUGUUUUGUGGCAGACUGAGAAACCAGGCUUUCCUUUUCCAAGAGUGUGGUCUCAGGGAAAGAUAUUAAAGCACUGUGUGGUAGCCAGGGGUGCAACCAGAACGUUUUGACAUGGGUGGCAUGAAGUGUGUGUGACAUAUCGCACAAAUACAUUUUCCAUGCCUCUUUGUAGACUAAAAAAAAAAACUGAGGUAGAUUCAGAAGUUGAUAUAUGUGGAAAGUAUAUAUAAAAAAAUCUGGAUUGAAAAUGCUGAAAAGCUGCUCGGAACCAAGUGGCAACCUCUAGUGUGGAAAAACAAAGCCAAUGCAAGAGCGCAAAAAACCUGCAGUUCCUGGAGUGUCCACUUGAGGCUGGUUCAAUGAGUAAUUUUUAAUGAGUAACCCUUUUAAGGUUUUAGUAUUAAAAUGCCCAUUUUUACAGCAGAACAGAAGACAUUUGAAGCCUGUUAAAAAUGAAAAAAAAUAUGGGUUUUUGUCUAAGAUAAGAUAAGAACUUUAUUUAUCCCCAAGGUAAAAUUUGAUAAAAAAUUUUUGCUGAAAGUCUCUCAGCAGAGGCAGAUUUUUCUGUAUCUCAUCUGUUUUGAUUAUACUUGGAAUGAUUAGAUUGAUAUGUGGACUAGGGCUGUUAAGUGUGUCAGAUUUUCACCUCACUAUUGUUGUGGCUAUAAAAAUAUCACAAAAACACUGUUGUUGUAGAAAAAAGGCUAAGCAAAGGUUAGGGCAGCAAAAUAUAUAAGUUCCUAAAUAUUACAAGUCCGUACAUUUUACUCAUAAACACAGUUAAUCCACACGUCACCAUCCAUUUGUAAUUGUGCUUGAAUUUAUUAUUCAUCCACAUCACUGUCUGUGUAACUCAAACUCAAGUUAAUACACAGGCAGUCAUCUGCUUCUUCUUUGUCUCCUCUCUGUUUUAUGGCAUGUGACCUCAACUAUGAAUUCAGGGUAUUACUGUUUGUUUAUGCUUAAUACAAUAUCAAUAAUUCCACAUUUUAAUGAAGACAGUUUUCAUUAAUACCACGUCUUUUAUUGACUGAAACCUUAGCUGAGUCAGCACUUAAAACAUGGCGAGUUUCUGUGGCUUAUGGGUCUAUGUCUUCAACUUGUUGAAAUACACCUUUUUAAGUGCCUCUCUGUCACAGUGGAUGGCCAAUCAGUUUUUGUUGGAGGCAAAGUGCCUCUCCAGGUCGAUCCUUGAAACUGUCUCUGGCGGAAGCACACACUAACUCAUACUGAAUUUCAUUAUUUCUUCAACAGAAUGAAAUGUUUGGUCCAAAUUGUCAGCCAAAGAGUCAGCAGCAAUCUGUUAGUGAUUUCAUCAGCUCAUGUUUUUAUCAUCCGUUGCUAAUGUGCUCUUGCAGUUGUUUGAAUGACCUGCUGUAAUGAGUGAAUUUUACGGGUACUUUUUGUUCUUACUAUUACGUGACGGAAUCGAAGCCAGUAAGCAGCCAGCAGUCAGCUACACCAGCCGGCCAUGGGAAGUCUCCUUAGGAAAGUAUGAUAAUUGAUGUUUAUUUAUUGUCAUUGAAAUAUGCGGCACAGUGCAAUGAAACUCCACUCCCCAGAGUUUGUGGCUGACUGCACCUGGUUCCAAAACCUCAAAGACAAUCAGCACCACUGGCUCUGCAGUUUUCUUCGCUUUUUUUUUCUAACAAGAAUUGGUAACAGCUACCACAGCAAGAAAUCAUUACAGAUUUUUUGUGGUUUCUACUUCUGUGUGUGUGUGCGAGUUUGUGUGUAUUGGUGCCAUAGGUUGGUGCUAAGCUUUAGGGUCAUGCAAAACUACCUUCUUUUAUGAAAUAUGUCUGAUAUAAAGGAAAAUUAACACCAAAAAACUAUAGAUAUCACAUUGUUCAAAUAUAACACUGCAUAGUGUCCUCUUGCUCUUCUUUGUAUAACCUCCUCUCUUUCUUCACCAAUCUUGUUUUAAAGAUACCUGUCCCACUAUAGCUCUGCAGUACAUGGUACUCUUUUACCCUCAGGGUUAUUACAAUAGCUGCCUAGCAACUAAGCUUGGCAGCUGGGGGUUAAAUCGACAGAUACUAUCAUACAAGCUCUAUGUACUCAUAGUUCUUAAGGUAUAUAACAGUGUGAAGCAGAGGACAGUCCAGUAUCUCCCAUAAGCCGCCUUUGACUCCUGGCUGCCUUAGCCACAUGUGGUGUGGUUGUCUGAGGGAAAAAAAGAAAGGACAGGAGCUUGUUUUAACAAUUUGGUCCUGCAUUCAGAAGACAAUUUAACUGCAGUUUAUUCUGUAGUGGUUUCUGUGUCCACAGAUCUGACCCAAAGAAGAACUCUGUUAUUCCCCUACUGGCUUUAUUCAUUCAUUCAGGGGUUGGAUUUCUAAAUUUAAUUAAACCCUAAUAUAAAAUUAUUAUUUUUCUUGUCCUGUGGUUGUGCGUUAUCCCACUAUUUGCUCGCACACAUGACCAGAGAGUCUCUGUAGAGGAGCAUGACGGGACACAUGGAGACAAGUGGCAUGAAUGCCCUCCGUUAUUAUGCUGCAUGUGACUGCUGAUAUGGACAAGAGCACAGGGUUCCUACUUGACACGUGGACACACACAUAAGCCACGCGCUGUAUCCAUGUUAGGGUAGUAUCCAGGCAACUUACAGCAGCAACAGGCUGUCCAGUUAAAUGUUAAUAAGCUUUCACUCUGGAAAUAGCAAUCUCGUUUCUGUUAUUGUUAGCUCUGUCACUGCUGUAAAUCUCAGGUCCCUGGUCCCCUAAGAGCCUUUUAUGUGAGCUCUACUUGUAAGUGCAAAAUUCUUCCUUCCAGGAUGCUCGUUGUUGAUGAAAUAUGAGGGAGCAGUGAAUAGAAGGGGAACAUGGGAAACAUAAGAGGUAAUGUGCCAGAUGCUAGCUGUGAGUUUUGCCACUGAGAGGAUAGGCUGGCUGCUCAGAAAAACAGAGAGGAGUUGUUUUCCGCUCCAGCUUAUUCCAAAUCCCUCUGUUGGAGUUUUUUUUUAUUUUGGUUUCCUAUGUUUUUAUUCUUCCUGUUUUUAUUCUUUGCCAUGCUUUGGUGAACAUUUUCAUGAGGUGAGAUAUCUGUGAAAACAUUCAGUGUUUUUCUGAUCCCCUGCAGAGCUUUGCACUAUAUCACCAGGCUUCAUUAUAAGAUGUCAGACUUCAUACUGCACAGUUUUUACUCUUUUUCUCAUUUAAAUUACAGUUUGUCUUGUACUUUUUAUGAUAAAAAUCAUUCUUUAAUAACAAAAUUUUACCUUUCGUCUCAUAAAAAUGGCCUUUUAUUCUCUAAAUGUGCCUUUAUCAAAUUUACAUUUGGGGAUGAAUAAAGUUCUUCUCAUCUCAUCUCAUCUCAAAUUACUUUUAGAUAACAUUAAUGAUAAUAAUAAAUUUGAUUUAUACUUUGCAAAGAGCCUUAGGUCACUGAACAGAAGUGGGCUAAUAAAUAAAAACCAGGACUGAGUGAAAAGGCAUCAGGGUCCAGUGGUAAGGUAGAGUUAUGGGAGGUUGUGGUGAACAGGUGGCGUUUUAGUAGUUUUUUACAACGUGGCCAGAGAUGGGGCAUUUCAGAUGUCUGAGUUCCAGGGGAUUCAGGAUGAGGUUUAUUAGUGAAGAAGUUCAGAGAGGUACUAAGAGAUGAGGGCAUGGAGGGAUUUAUAAGUGAGAAGUGGUGUUUUAUAGUCAGUGUUAGAUUCUAUUGGGAGCUAGAGGAGGUGGGUGAGGGGUUGGAGUGAUAUUCUGCCAGGGCUUGGUGUGGAGAAGAACCCUGGCAGCUGAGUUUGGUAUAUACUGAAGCCCGUCCAGGGCUUUGGUGAGAACUCCAGGAAAGGCUUCAUAGUGGUGGUGAAGGUGAAUGGUUCUACAGACAUAAAUGAGGGUUGCAGCUACAGAGAAAGAGAGUGAUGGCAGAUUUUUGGGGGAUUUUUUUAAGAUAAACAAUGUUUUGUGGUGGAAUUGAUGUGGGAGUGAGAAGAGAGGGUGGAAUCCAUGGAGACACCCUCAUUUUGAUCCUCAAAUGUUGGGUGGAUGGUGCACCCAUCUAGGACCAGAAGAUCUUAAAUCUUGGGGGCCACUGCCAGUUUGAGGGAAUAGUGCAACAUCCAGGCUGUGAUAUUACAGAAGCAAUUGACUGAGGAAUGGGGGAGCCUGAGUCGAUGUUAUUGUGCUGAGAUAGAGUUGUAUUUCAUCGGCGUAGGCGUGGAAGUUGAGACUGUGUUAGGGGAAGAUCUGUCCAAGAAGGGCUCCAAGUACAGAACUUUGAGGCACUCCAUGGUUGGCUUGGGUUGAGGAGCAGGAGUUGCUGGUGGUAACAGACUGAAUUCAAGUCCAGAUUGAAGGGAAUUGAGGACUUCAUGGUUGGUUGGUCACUUGAUGGCCAUCCGCAGGUGUGAAGGAGUUGAGGGGGCAGGUAAUGUGAGUUGCCGGUGGAUAGAGUCGACUAUUGUCUUGAAGAAUUUCAAGAACCUGGAGCAGGGUCCCCUGGUCGGUGGAAGGGGGUCAAUAGGAUGGAGUAAGCUGGAGUAAAUAAGAUAAUUGAUGGUUGAGGACAGCAUUCUGGGGUGAUUAUGCUGGUGGAAUAGUAAUGUAGUAAUGUGUUUUGGUUUUUGGUAGAGCUUCCUUGUAGGAGCUCUAUUAGUGCAGAUUUUAUAAAAUAUUAUUCCCACUUUACGUGAGCAUUUAUUUUUCAUCCAAGUUAAGUUGUCAUUUCCCUUUUUUAACUGGCAGAAAUGUGUUUCCAUGUGCUGUAAUAGUAAAGUAAAACAGUUCUGGGUAAAUUAAAGGCUACUUCUAUUUCUGCCUUUUUCCCAGCGUAUUAAAAAAUUCAUAUGUAAGUCUGUAAGCUGCUGAGGCGUGUGUAGUAAAAAAGCUGUGUCUUUCAGCUUCUCCAUCAUUCAGUCAGAUGCCAUACACCGCACUGUUGCUCUUGGCUCUUUAGGAGACAGGGUGGAAAUGCGUCAGCGUGCUUUUCCCUCAGGCUUAUUGCUCUGGUUAACCUCCUCUUUCUCUAAUUUUUGUGUGUGACAGAAUGGGUGCACAGACAAGUCUAUGAUGAUAAAAAAAAACCUCUCAUGGCCACUGUCUCUAACCUACUCAUUCAAUAUAACUGUCAUUUCUUAUAACUUGCGCUUGCAUUUUGCUAUCUUUUUGGUUAGGUUUAUAGUCUUGAAAUUUAGUCCAUAAAUAGACGUUGUAGAUAUCAGCAUCUGUAAUGUAAUAAAACAAGGCAUCCUGAUUAGAUUAGGAGGAGCCAGCUGAUUUGUGCUCUAGGCUGAGGAAAGCCAGGACUGUAUCUUUAACAGGGGGAAAAUUUCUCUGUGCUACUGUAUGUGUUCAUAGUGCAGAUGUUGUACUUAAUACAUCUGUAACUAAAAUCCUUUGCAGUCAUGGCUUUACUCAAGAAGACUUUUUUAAUAACAAGGCGGUCUCAGAAGAGUCUCAAUAUACAUAACCUGUCUGACAACAAUAGUCAACCUUUCUGUUAUUCCAGCGGCUAUCCUUGGACAACUUCAAGGCAAGGCCACCUUUUUAGUGCGCCGCAUUGUGAAGAGUUCAGUUUACUAUUUAAGAAGUGGUUAUACGUUUAGAUCAGCUGCAAAUCAAAUGCGUCUCCUGAGGCAUCUAUUUCUGGGGUGUCAUAUGAGACCUUAAAAAGACAGAUUUUCUUGCGAUUUGUUUGUGUUUAUGGGUCGUAAUUUGUCUAAAUAACAGCAUGAUCAAGUGUGUAAAAUGUUAAAAGUUGUGUAUAGAUUAACAACAACGAAAAUAUAUGUGAUACAUAAAAAUAGAUCAUUAUGUAUCUAUUGGAGGAGAAUAAAAUUCGGUAUGUUAUUAUAUUUCUUUAUAUGUGACUGUAUUUGUUAGGCUAGAUUAAAAAACAGUGAUGGAGUAACACUGUCCAGUUAAAUCAAGAUUACACUUGUGCAUUCACACUUAGACACCAAAAAGUAAUUUAACUUUCGUGGGCCCACACACUCACCCAGUGAGUGUUUGUCUCUGUCACAGCAGAAUAAAAGAAGGUCCAGCCCGGCAGGGAGUGGGACAGCUCAGAGGGGCUGAGCUGAGCAGAUGUUAGCAGGACCACCCCAGCAAGUGUUUGUUCAGUUUGCUCUGAGAAAAGACAGAUAGAGAGUGAAUCCACCCAGCGCAGGGCCACUGAUGGCAGACACACACUGUUUCAUUGUAGAGCAGGUCCUGUUUGUAACGGAAUGUGCUGUUUGAUCUCUGGACCUUUCACUGUUUUCCCUGGCACAGCGUGCUGCUUCUCCAUAAGCAUGUCCAAUAAUACAAGCACAUUGGAAAAUAAGCAUGGUCUGCAUUAGCUGCUAAGUGGAAAACUGUAAAUGGAAGUAUGGGCGAAGAUCAACAUCUGGUCAGAAGGCGUGGCUUUUUAUUAACUGUGUGCCAGGCUCAGUCAGGGAGGAAAUUCAUCAGGGUUUGUUGAUUGUUUUCCUAAUACGGCAGAGAAAACAAGGACACCAGCAGGACAUACCGGAGCUCCUGGUCCAGAACCAGCCUUGCUGACUCACUGUCUGGUCUUUUUGUUGUUGUUAUUCUUCAUAAUGAGGAAUCAGGGACUCAUUGUCUCCAUGUCUGGACCAAAGACGGGACACAUUGUCAACAAUAAACUAUCUUGAUUUAGGUGUUCACAAUUGGCUAAAGGGAUAGUUUGAAGACAGUUAGAUCACCUGACAGGGGCUGACUUGCAUCUUUAGUAACAUUAAGGAUAAUAUUUAAGAGGCUUAUUCUAGUUUUUAUAACUUUAGAGGACAGACAAACAGACCUCCCACCUCUCCCAUAGGUGAUAAAACUGCAGCAGCUGCUUUGAUCAUGAGUGUAAAUCAGAAAUACACCACAGUUUAAAGACAGUCUUAUCGUGAACAGAUAGAAAAUGUAGAGUCUGUUGACAUAUACUGGUGGUUUUGAAUGUUUUACCACCUUGACAACAAAUUACAUAUAAUUGGUUUGGACCAUUUUUCAAAGCAUUUAGCUUUGGAGUACCAUCUUUGUCCAGUUAUAUCAGUCAAGUUUGCAAUAAUAUUGAAUUUCCCCUUUGGGAUCAAUAAAGUUCUUGUUUGUAUGUAUGUAAAAAUGUGAAACUCCUAAGCUUGAACCCUGCUAGACAUUUCAAACAUAACCUAUUUAUUUUUUAAAAAUUUAAUGGCAGACAAAUUUACAUUUAGAAAAUCCUUGUGUUUGGAUGUAUUGUGGUCACUGACAUAUGAAUUUAAUGAUAUUUUUAGAAACUUUGAAUGUCGGAUUUCGAGUUCAAUUUCAAUUUUUGACUUUUCAUCAUUCUUCUUUCUGUCUUACAGACCCUCCAGCACCCCGAAAAAUGGAGUACCUAAGGUAAGAGACAGGAUAUUUACAAAAACUUUGACCAUGCUAAAGUUAACUUGAAUUUCCUCUUUGUAAAAAGAUGAAAUCAGUUUAUGUAGAGUGAGCAUGCUCAUUGUGCCCUUCUGAGAUAGUGUGAGAGCCCACAUUGGCUUAGCAUGCGUUGCUGACCUGAGCAGUCAUCUUUAACUCAUAUGGCACAGGCAUGACUUCUCAUUGAGUUUGACUUUGACAGGAUUGCUGUGCAGUGCUAUUAGGAAUGCUUGUUUGCAUGCAUGAGUUGGGUUGAAGAUUUGUUGUGUGUGCAUGUCGUGUGUCUCCACCUUUCAUCCAGGACGAACCUCAAGAAAUCAUAAAGCCUGUCCCAAUCACUCACUCUCCUGCGAGCACCGCGUACACCAAGCCAUCCAGUCAGGCCAGCCCUGCUUACAACAAAACUGCCCGGCCUUUUGGUGCGGGUGGAAGUGCGGUCACGGCCUCUUCUAUGCUGGAUGCCCCAAAAGUAGCCACCAUCCCUUCUGCAUCAUCUGCUUUCACGCCAGCCGCCCCCUCUCAACCACAGCCCCCUUUUCCGCUGAAGUCGAGCCCGGCCCCACCGGACUCAACUCCAGCCAGCUCAGCUCCAAAACCCACUUCCGGUCGUUCCCCCUUCACCUCCCCGUACUCCUCUUCCUCUUCGUCUAACUCCUCCUCUCCAGCCAGAGUGACAGCCCCCUCCUCCAAUCCAAAUGUCCCACAGUCAUCCGUCUAUAACACGCCCAUCAACCUUUACUCCUCCUCCAAUGCUUGUGAGGUGGCGAUGGGACAGAGACGGGGUCUUUUGGAGAGCCAAGGGCUGACAGAGCAAUUUAAUGGGUAGGUACCAUUCAUCAAACUCAGGUGAUAUUCAUACAGCCCAGAUAUGCUCAAGGUUUCUGCCUGUUAAAGGAAGUUUUUUCUUCGAGAUGGGCCAACACCCAUCUUGGGUCGGUUUUUGAUAAUUUAUCAAACAAUGAGCGUGGUCUAGACCUGCUCUUGUUCUUUGAAAAGUGUGUUGGGAUGACGACUGUUGUGAAUUGGCGCUAUAUGAAUAAAAUUUGAAUGAUUGAUUGAUUGAUUGAUUGAUUGAUUGAUAUGAGAUGGUUUCUCUGACAUGGUUUCUUUAUUUACCCAAUCGACCAUUGACCAUAUCGCUAGUUUGGUCACUAAACUCAGACUAAAAAUCGGUUUCUACUACAGGAAUAAAUCCUGCUUCUCCCUCAGUGCUCGAAAAUAACUUGUAUCUGCUACCUUUCUUCCACUGCUGGAUCAUGGUGACGUUUUAUGUAUGACUGCUUCAGCUAAAUGUCUGCAGUCCUUAACUACUGUCCAUCACUGUGCGCUGAGAUUUGUUACUGCUUGUAGUUGCCUUACACAUCAUUGCGAACUUUAUGCCAAGUCUGGCUGGCCUUCUCUGAAUACUCGCAGGUACACUCCCUGGAUGACUCUAAUUUAUAAGGUUCUUCUUGGCUUAGUUUCUUCUUAUUUAUGUGGUCUUCUUCAAAGGACUGAAAGCCACUACACCCUGCGCUCAAACAACGCUAUCCAUUUGAUUGUUCUGUGAGUCAGAACUGCCACUUCAGCAUGGAAAACUCUCCAGACUGACCUGAAAUUGUCUGAAUUAAUUUCACUGGGAGCAUUUUGUUCAAUCUUACAUGACAAAAUUUGGGAGACCAUAGAACAGUGCUUGUGUUUUUAAUUAUGUUUCUGGAGGUCAUUUUCUUCUUCUUUAUUAUUAUUAUUUAUUAUUGUGAUGUGUGCUGCCGACCUCUUGGCCGGGUCACUCUUGUAAAUGAGAUCAAGGGUGUAACACUAACAGAUGCCGCUAUAGCUUUAGUCCUUUGUGAGGCUGAGUAAGAACAUGAGUGAUGACUUUUUCCAGGGCUAUUUGCUCUGCUGUGUUUAUGGGAAUACCACGUCGCAUCAACAGGUGAAACCAUUUGUUCCCCUUUGCGUUCUUUGCAAACAGCCACUUAUUUUUAUCAAGGACACCUCUGGUUUCUCAAAUAUGUCCACAUUUUAGACUUGAAAUCAUGAAUUUACAUACAGGUACAUCAUAUGAUAGUGUUGUGAGUGUGUUUGCAUAUCAGUACUGGUAAAUUGUGUCAGUUUAAAACAAUGAAUUAAUACAAGGAGUGCCGUUAUACUCAAUAUGAGCUGGAUAGUGAUUGAGUUGUGGCAACAAGACCACUAUCUUAGUGAUGAUAUGAUCAGAGCUGAGUAGAUUUACUUAAAAUGUGAUGUUUCUUUUACUCAGCAGUCCUACCAACAUAUUAUGGAAAAAGUAGUAAGCAGCAACAGAUAGCUAUUUUGUUGUCACUUAGAAAUGACUUUGGCUCCACCAACACAACUUCACUGCGCUGUCACUUGAUGUGAUUCAGAUCACCUGUGAUAGUCAAAAGUGCUGAUUCAUACUGCUGUAUAAGCACUUUUAGAAUGACUCUUGUCCAAUUAGAUUUAGAAGUUUGGAUUAACUGUUGUAUUGUACAUUAGAAGUUGGGAUUAACUGUUGUAUUGUACAUUUUAUGUGUACUGUAUGCUGUGUCCUCAUGACUGUAGCCACCAAAUAGAGGGCCUUUUUGUUUUGCAGUCUACUUAAUAGUUUUAGAAAAUUGAAUAUUCCAGUGCCUUCCCCCAUUUGCCCAAAUUCAGCCAAGAAUAUGCGCCUAAUUUGAAAAGCCAACACUGGAGGAGCCCCUCACCCAUGUUUUCACACAGCUGUGCUCAAAGAAAAUCCCAGGCAUGCCGCACAUCUUGUUCAAAUCUUCCACACGGCAACUGGAAAAGGAACAGAGACGAGACAACACGCUUUUAGUGAUGCUACUGCCUGCCUAUCUUUAAUCGACGGUAGGCUUUGCAGCGCUGCCAAACACACAGUCUGCCCGACAGGCACCGCUGGUGUAGCACUUGUUUCUAAUUAGCCAGACUCCUGGCAGCCCUGCGCUUUCAGGGACCAGGAGUAGAGCUCAGUUUGGCUAGACGGGAUUUCAUCAGUAGGGAUUUGGCUUGCUGGUUGGGUUACAGAGACUGAGACACCGAGACAGGUUUUAAGUGAUUUGACACUCAUUUUUUGGUCUAGUUCACCUGGAAAAUUGGGUCACAGCGACCUGUUUUUGACAGCUUGAGAGUUAUGGAUUCUAAAACCUACUGCAAUAGUUUUUAGUUUUCUUAUAGUUCGGUGUAAUAAUGGGCCCUCUUUUCAAACUUUCUGUCGCCUGAAAUCUCCAAAAAGACUUCCAGCUUGUAAGAUGAGAUGUGCGUAUUUGUCGGAGCAUGUGCGUGUUGUUUUGUUCUGACCUGCAUGUUUUUGUUCAGGCUUUCUGUGGUUUCCUUGAUUCACAUUCUCUCAGAAGGGCCUUUCACUUAAAGGGCAUGUGUCUGGGACUACUUUCUGUAUCUCAAACUGGUCUAUUCAUGUGUUUUCUUGGCUUCAACCAUUUCCCCUUUUCCCCCCUUUUCUUUGCCCACAGGAGGAAGGAGACACAGACACCAAGUUAGUGCUGUGAAUGAUAAUAUAUGUGCUGCAGUAGCUUUCUAACUAUGUGGAAUGUGAUUACAGCCUUCACAUCUCUCUGGUUUAUGAUUACCAAAGGCAUGCAUGCACCUCUUUGAGCUAACCACUCACAAACCUCACAACCGUGCUCAUCCGCUCACUGUACAUGCUAAUUUCAAGGCCCAGCAAACACCCGUAAAUAAUCCAAUCUCUGAGGCUCCACAGGACACCCACUAGGGUCAGAUCACGCAACUCAGUCAUUUUCCCUGUGCCACCAGACUCAGCGUUAGCUCCUACUGUAUUUACAUAUGCAGCCGCUGCUCUGCAUCCGAGCAGCUCCACCUGCUGCUGCUGUCAUUGUGUUUACUUGAAGCAAAGAAAUCUCUGCUCCGUUUAUUCUACGUUGGCUAAGAAUAGCCUGACUUGUGCUGCCUUUCAUCAUCCUCCACCUCCACUCACCUGUCACACACACACACACAGACAAAAACACACAAGAUAAAUUGCACACACUUAGAUGUUUGACAUGAAACUGACCCACAGUUUGGAGCAGCCUUUAAACUAAACUGAGCAUGUAAACAGUCAAUAUAAAUAUUAUUGGCUUCAAGGGCGCCAUCAAAUUAUUUUAACGGAAAGCAGGUCUUUUGUUCAAACAGCACACCACCCCCACCUUGUGGUGAUUAAAGGAAACUGUCACUUGAAUCUCCCAAACGUUCACUGCUGUUAACACAGUCUCAGUGUUUAACUUCACCAUUUAAAACCAAGUUCAUUACAUCGCUUUUACACUUUUUACAUCAUGAUUGACUCCACGAAGACACAGAUUGUUUUCAAGGAAAUUCGAGUUUUAUGAUCAGGCUGAUCACUUCUGUUCUGGUUUUCUUUCGAAUAGUGAGCCUCCGAGAAGUCCAAAGUGAGUACAUGUCAGGACAGUAUUUACUUUCCCAGUAGAAUCAAUGCAGUAUCACUUAAUAUAACUUGUGAAUCUGUGACUGUUUCUGCCUUUUUGCAUCUUCUUUUACCUUCCUCUGGUUAUCCGCCUGCAGAACUCCAUCUCCAGCUAGACCUAGGAGGUAAAUGUGAGAUAUAUAACCAGUGAGGUGUCACAGUGAACUUUGUAUCUACAGGUCACACUUUUAAACAGCACUAACUGCAUAGCCACUGUUUGUCAGUGUUGAAGUUUAAGACAACAAACCUCAAGUCUGAGUCUAGACUCAAGUACCCAAUGUUAAGAGUUUUAGUCAGUUAUCAGAAUACUUUAUUUAAUCUGGGGGGCGAUGAUGGCUGUAACAGGCUGCAGGAUCCAAAUCAAGACCAAAUCAAGGUGACAAGGUGUCUUGUCUUGAAGGUAGAGAAGAGUCCCAGGCUGAGUCUCAGUUCUCCACUUUGGCACAGCCUUGGAGAUGGACUACCAAUAAAAAAGCCCUACAUUGGUGCCUCGUUGUCUUUUUGUGAACAUAUAGCACAUGAAGACGUAAACACACAUGCCAGCCCUUCCUUGAAUCUCAUUUAUAUUACUGGGCCCCUUUACAGCUAAAAAAGAAAGAGGAAACAUUCAAACAAAACAAAAAACAGAAGAAUAGUCUUUCAUAAAGCAAUUUGUCAGUGAAUCAGAUGCAGCACAACACAGGACUUGAAAAACCACUGCAUAGAUUAGACUGGAGUCAGAGUCCUGGACUUGAGUACUACGACACUGCUUGUUUAUGUAUUGUUUGUUUUGAUUGUGACCAUGAAUGUGAGUUUGUAUAUGGAUAAAAUGAACCUGUUACAUCCUGUGGUUGAGGUUAUUUACUAAACAGUAAAUAACUAAUAUUGUGAUAGUUGUUGAAGUUGUUUUUAGCAGAAGUCAUCUACUGAGCAGCUUAAACACAGAUGCAUUUUAAGUUAGUAACCUCGUCUUUAUUUGGUUGCUCUGUCUUCAGGAAACCAAUCGAUGACCCUGAGAUCGAUGCUAGCAAGAAGCGUCUGAUUGAGGACACUGAAGACUGGCACCCGAGAACUGGCACCUCCCAGUCCCGCUCCUUCCGUAUCCUGGCGCAGCUCACUGGGACUGAAAAUGGUGCGUGUCAACCUCAGCUCACCUGUUUCUAACAGACUUACCGCUCUAAAGAAAGAGACUAGUUGAAACUGAUAUAAGUUUUCUCUCCUUUUCUACCUAAAAAAAACAGGAAAAUCACAACUGCUAAACUUCUUGAUGUCCCAGUAGUUUUAAAGAAUCAAUGAUUGUUUGGUUUAAUGUUGUUUUAUAUUACUGUCUUGACUAUAACUGACAUUGGUGGUCAUAUGAGCAGACUGUGGCUUUUAAGUCUCCAUCCGUCUGUCAGGGGUCUCUAAAUGUGUUUGUGAGGAUCUCUUUAACUGAUAUGAAACGACGUUCACAGUUAUUCACUUAUUCAAAUGAAGUAAGACGAGACAUUCAUCUUUCAUCCUUCCUUCCUCUUUGUCCAAUAAUGUUAGCAGACUGGUGUGGAAAAUAUUUGAUGAGAUUUGAACAUUUGAUAUAAAUCCAGCUGGUCACAGUGUUUCUGCAGCUGGGAACAAUCGGUGGGGGGAUAAGUCCGGGAAGUCCCAUCAGGGUCUAGCUGGAGGGGAUGGCAGCUGCCCAUUCAUGUGGCCUUGCUUUGACAGGAUUAAUCAGCUAAAAAACAAGUUAAAGAUGUAUUGAUUUUAACAUUUUUUUAUGUAACUUUCUGUCUUUUUUUUCUUCUUCAGAGCAAGUUCCAGAAAACAGUGGAAAGAAGUAAGUAGUUGGUGGUUUUUGAUACAAUCAAAUCUGGUAUGUGUUUAUGAGUUUUCACUCUGUCUCCUCUGGGUUUUUCUUGACUGUGAGUACUUUUGCAAGAAAAACUACACGUGUUAAAGCAGUGGUGUUUCCCUCGGAACUGUAAUUUGUAGACCAGUUACAAAGUUGUCCUUCAAAGCCAUCAUAUGAUGAUGUUUGGGAGUCUGUAAUCCAGGGUUAAACCAUGAUUUCCUGAUUUUGUGCUCCCAAAGUAUCAUUCUUAAUUAAAGGCUUAAUUCGGAGAAACCACAUCGAAAGCUUUUAAAACGGCGAUGGUUGAAGGAAGAGGGUCAUAGACUUAACAAAGGCUGUGAUUUCUACGACUGCACUCAGUUCUGAGCCGAUUUAAUCUGCAGUAAACACAGCCUGCCCUCCUCAGCACCACAUCUCCAACCACUCAGUGUGUCACUCACUGGAAACUGUGGGUAAUUAAGUGGUAUUGUGGGAAAUAGCACUCAAGCCAGAAGGGGAUUCCUGCUCUCCUCAUGUUAGUGAGAUUUUGUUUCUGUGUACUCUUCCUAAAGAGGGGAGAGAUAUUAAACAUCUGUAUUGGGUUAUAAUUCGAUCCACAUCUGCAAAAAGAAAGUCUGGGUUGGUUUAAACUCUAAUUCCUUUUUUUCUUGCACAAUUUUUUAACAUUUCUCUUGUGUUAACUAUCGCAUUUCUUGUCCUAAUCUUACAACUGUCUUCUUUCUCCCUUUUUUCUCUCUUUUUCUUCCUUUUUUCUCGUUUUCUCAUUUAAUCUGGUUUUAUGGGGGAAAUCAGGGCGAACAAGCUGGACCCAGAAGUGAUAGGACAGCAGUACAUGAAGCUGAGAGACUGGCAUCAUGAUGUUUCAGCACGGUUGCUAAAUGUGUAGUUUUUUGUUUUUGUUUUAAUGUUUAAUUUAUUUUCUUUUGACCAAUAUAAGAUUGAAAUAGUCAUCAAACAUAAUAACUGCUAACUUUGAAAAGAUGCAGAAACACAAGCCAGCAUACUGUGUUGUAUAAAUGUCCGAGGGUACGCAUUGAUACUAAGAUAUAUGCUGUUAUAUUUCAGAUUAUAAAUGCAUGCACGUGAAUAUGGAAAUCAGCUUGGAAAUACUUUGUGCUUAUCUUUAGUGUUGUGUUAAUUUAUCUCUGUAUCCUUUCUCCUAUCCUUUGAUUCAUUUUUCUGAGCGUGUCUUUUCCAUCUGUUGUCUAACUAACAGAUAGUAGUUUUAUUUGUCAGCUUUUGACUGUUUUACUUCAAUAAAACAUUUCCUUUCUUUCCUGCUGUUUCUUAUUUCCUACCUUUGUCCUUUCUUUUCUACUUGCUAGCUAUUAAAAAACUAAAGUGGGUAAAGUGAAAUGCAAUCCUAUUUUGUUCAAUCAUACCACCUAAUCCAGAUUUGAUACCAUGCAGCUCUGAAGCUUUAGGGCCUAUGUCCACUAAAAGCAUUUUUGGCCUGACCUCACUUCUGUAUCAAAGUGCUCCUCACUGCUUUAUUGAUGCUAGUUGACCACAGUUGUCUCAGGCACUUCUACUUUCCUUAGCAGUGAUCAUUAAGUCUGCUUUUCAUAUGCUCUUUUGUGCUUCAUUUUUAACUAUUAAAACCUAAAAAAUGAAUAGAGUGAUCAUAGUAUUAGCAGCAGGAAAUAAUAACCUCAAAAACAAGUGUGGUUUGCUUCCCCCUCUGUACAAACAUCCGCUAUUGUUGUUGUCAAAUUAUGAUACUAGAAGUCCUGCUCUUUCUUGAUUUUAAAUGGUUAUGAGGAAAAAGGGACAUUAUGGACAAAGGCCUGUAUUUGUCAGGGGAUAAAAGUGAGGUUUCGUGAUGGUAUAAAACAUAUACAAUUAUAAAUACCAAAAAACUCCUCACAGGAGCUCUAAGAUCUCAGGUUUCUCAUAAUUUUCUCAGAUGUGUUAAAUGCAUCAUAACUGUAAAUCUGUUCAUAGGUGCUGACGAAUGCCCUCAAUGCUGAUACAAAACCAUAAAUCAAUGUUUUUGUAGUUGGUAACAUGCAGUGAACUGUAACUGACAAACAAAACAGCUUAAAGAUUACAAACUGAGGACCUGUUGGGGCAAAACCCCGGGCGAACUGGUCUACCUGAGCAGCGACAGAGCUGUGUUAUGAUUUCUGAGGGGUUACAUCCUUAUCUGUCAGAAUAGGAUCUUCUGAAUCCAGUUUACACCUGCCACCAUUUUAGCCCUUUAAAAAUGACAUGUUUGCUCAAGAUGCAAAAUAUUCAAAUUGCUCUCAAUCUGCUAAAAAGAUCAAAUCAGAAUAUAUAGUUUAUGAAUCAUCAAACAGCUAUACUGUACAUCUCUGGAAAUUUUAGAGUCUGAGCUACAUGCCCAACAGACACACGUGCGUCAUCCCCACUUGAAUUGUUUCCUUAUGUCAGUAAUUGAAAACCUCAUGGAUAGUAGGCAGCACUGCAUAUCCUUAUUGGAGGGUGCCCCAUAAUUGUCGUGAUUGUUUGCAUGUGUCACUGAGAUUUCAACCAAGCAAACGUAAACAUGAGCUAGUCAAGGAAGAACCUGCAUUAAGAAUUCCCCUGCACUGGAGCUGCCAUCUGACUGGUGGCAGAGUCUUGGUUGUCUUGCUUACUCAGACACGUCACCAGUUUGUACCUGAAUUUGUAUGAAUUGCAAGAAAACAGCUCAAAAAUACCAAACAAGGAGGUACGCACUGAGUGUUUACCCCAAAAUGUUGUUUAUGGAAAAUCAAAAAAGGGAAAAGAUACACAAAUAUUGUAUUAGUUCCUAAAUAUGUGUUUUUAUUUUUCUAAUAAGCGAUUGUUUGCACAUCUUUUUUUCCUAGUGAGGAUGUUGAUGUAAGUGCUCCAGCUGCGCACACCUCGCCUGCAGCAAAAACAUUUUCCAAAUCUGCACCAGCGCCUAGAAAUGGCAAUGUUGUUCCUGCCUCUUCAUACAAGAGCCCACUGGCCCAAAACAAGCCACCCUUCCAGCCUGGAGGUCUAUCAGGUAAAGGAGCAGACUCACAAACCCUCUAUUAUUUCUCUGAUUUACUGCCCCUUGCACAGUUUUCUUCUGUAGUAGCUUCUUCUUGCCAACAGAGGGCAGGCUUGUGUCUUUAAAUCACUGCUGCUCAGCUUUGACAUUUAUUGCAGCUUUAAAGCCUGACACUAAGCCAUUUAAGAUUACGAGCACUAUAAAAGCCAGAGGUAUUCCGUUAAUGAGCUCAGAUUAUUGGCUUUUCCCAAGAUCCCCUCAGUUAAAAAGAUUGUGAAAAUGAGAAUUAUGUAUUUUAUUUUGUGUGUAAGCUGCUCUUAAAACACUGCGAUCCCUGCCACGGGACCUGGAGGUGGUCAGGGUAAAUAUUUGCUGAAAGGCAUCAGUCAGGGGUCAUUAUUAGCAAUACUUAGACACAAGUAUGCACUCAUACAUGAACAGAUGCACUAUGUGCCCUGCAGAUUUCCCAGAAGGCCUUUUAAGAACAGCCCGCUGAAAGGUACCUCAGGGUGAGAGCUGGAGAGGCCACAGUUACCUCUCUGUGUGCUCUGUUAUUUAUCAGAUUAACACAUACUUCAGUUCAAGUAAACAAGCAAGUAUCUUAUAGUGUCGAGUGAGCAACUUCACCUGAAGGAUGGAAUUAAGGCUCCAAGAAGAAGUUAGGAAAAUUUGGGCUUUGCUUGUCAUUUGAAGUUUGUUGUAAAGUUGUUUUAAUCAUUUUUUUCUCUUUAAAAUUAAAGGCUUUAAUCAAGUUUUGUCAUGUUGACUCAGUUGCGUUGCUUUCUAGCUCUCUCUGUAUUUACGCAAAAGGGACUGAACAGAGAUUUGCAGUCCUGCUGUGAUUCAGUUCUGAAAUCUUCUCAAGCUGACUUUUUUCCUCCUUAUCUUCCUUAUACAGCGAGACAGCAGCGACAAAUGUCUGCUCACUCUCUGUCCCGUUUAAUGUGGCUCAGCCCCCAAUCUUCGCUCGAGCCAAAGGAUUUGUUUUAAAGUGACAGCUUGUCAGCAUUCAGCUCACUGUGCCAGCUUUCAACCAGAUAAGCUUUUAUAGUGAGAAAUACUUUUACUCCAAUGUAACUCUCAGCAUCAGUAUGACUUCAUUGUAAUUGUUAAAAAAUGUGCUUUUUCCAACAGACCUAAAUACUGUUGAUGCUGAAUCGUUUCACUGUUUUAACAUUAAGUAAAAUAGUGAUGGGUCACCAUUCAAUCUGGAGAGAAGGUGCAGGAUUACCAGAAACUUUAAAGUAAAAAGAGAGAAACAAUCCGCACACUUCUGGUCUGUUGCAAAAAGAGCUUUACUGAAGCAAGCUUUCUGUCGGUUAGACCUUCAUCAAGGCAGAGUGCACAGACCAUCUUUUUGCAACAGACCAGAAGUGUGCGGAUUGUUUCUCUCUUUUUACUUUACCGUUUUAACAACGCACCUUUUUAAUUUGUGCAAUUCAUCCUCUUCUCUGUCGAGGAGGAUUUUGUAUCAGACAACAGGUUUAAAGCUCCUGUGAGGAGUUUUUAUGUUUAUGAAAUAGAAUGAAUUUCAUGUUGAUGCCUUUUUGUGAUAUACAAAGUCAAACAAGACCAUCAUUGAUAUGGUUUAUGUUGUUACUUUAUAAUGUCUGAAAAAGCAAUUUUUUUUUUUACAAUUUACUCAUCAAAAAUUAACAAUAUCUAAUAUAUUUGACUGUUGAAAGACAUCACAAUCAGAUUUUUGCCAGAUGAGAUAACUUAAGCAAGUAAAGGACAAGAUAAGCCAAGACUGAUUUGUGUGCAGGGAGUGCCAAAUCUAACUCUCAGUGGAAGUUCCUCACAGGAACUUUAAUAAUACUUUUAUUUUUAUCUAAACCGGAAUUUAAUAACUUUUGAAUGUUUGAUGAGAAUUUUCUUUAUUGACAUUAAAGUUUAGGUGUUGACACUGAACAAAUAUUUAUAUAGAAACACAUUAUCCUGCAGUAUUUGCUUUGUAUGUUAGAUCCUGUUUAGAUCACAUCUAUCCGCAGUCCAUUACAUUUUAUUACUUCCUGUCAACUCUGUGGCAAAAAUAAUCAUUUAAUCGGUUAAACAACAUGGGAAUUAAUUUUAAUAUUAGAUUUAUUUGGAGAAUUUAGAAUUGUGAUUUUGUAGCUACUCGUACCCCAGCAGGUCAGAAGCAAAGAAACAAAACAGCAGGAGGAAAACAGUUGCCGUUUCAGAACUGUAAAUACUUUGACCACAUUAUUCCACAAUCUCACUGAAAAUCGUAAAACUGGUGUUUUUUAAGAGGAUCAGCCCUCGGAUUUAACCACCACCAAAAGAAACAGUUUUUCUCUUUAUCACACUUACUCUCUAUGAGCUUUCUUCCUCUUAAAUCUGCUCUUUCAGUCCUCUCAUGUCUUUGCCAGUUCCCCGUCUUGUUUAUUCAGCCCGUUACCUCUUUUUCAGGGAAAUUUUGGAAGCACUUGUCCUCUGACCUGCAGAGUCUUUGAUAACGGUGCUCUCUAUCAAUAGUGUCUCUGUCCCCACUGCCUUUACCCUCGAGCACUCCCUCGUAGGGCGGAUAGCAGCUGACCUCCGUCCUGGCUGUGUCUUUGCACAGAGAAAAAGAAAGAGUUACUGUGCAUCUUCUCCAUGUGUUCAGUGAUGAGAGGAGGGGGAUUAUUUUUCCAGGUGUCUCCUCUGACUCUGGGAAUGUGUUGUUUCCCUCAGUGGGAAAAAUGGAUCCCUUGCCUAUGCAGGGUGGGGUGGACUUGUCCCACCCAGCUGUCUCAUGCUUCAGGCAUGGAGGUUAGAGAUCACUGAAUUGUCACCAUUUAUUACCCGAGAACACCCACCGAAAGAAAUGAAGUAGUAGACUAGCUUGAUUGUUUAUCUGGUUAUUUUUAAUAGUAUAACUUGACAUUAUCUUGAUAUGAUUUGACCCAAGAAAACUCAUUUUAUGUUCCCAUGUUUUUCCCUGCUGGUUUAGGUUUCCCUAAGGGUGGAGCAGCUCCUUCAUUUGGCAAAGUUACCACCCCUGCACCCAGAGGCCCAGACCGCCCCACCCCACAACCACACCCAGAGGAUCUCAACUCUCUGGUGCAGCGGGCGGAGCACGUCCCAGCUGGCACUCGCACCCCAAUUUGUAACAAAUGCAACAGUGUCAUCAGGUAAAAAAACAUCUGUUUUUUAGGAUGGCUGGAUUCAGAAUGUAGAGUUUUUUUAACUGGUGCAAAUCUUCUCUGUUCGCUCUUUAAUCUCUCCAGGGGUCCUUUCCUUGUGGCCAUGGGCAUGUCCUGGCACCCUGAGGAGUUCAAUUGUGCUCACUGCCACUCCUCUCUGGUAGACAAUGGCUUUGUGGAGGAAAAAGGGCAGGUGUACUGCACAAACUGCUACGAGCAGUUCUUCGCUCCCUCCUGCGCUCGCUGCAACCAGAAGAUCCUUGGGGUUAGUUUACAGAAGUGAAGAAAACACUGUUCUGAACUCUGACUCAGACACCUCUUUAAACACCACCCACCGUCUUGGUUCCUGCUUAAACUCUUUUACUCUACUGCUAUUUUUCCCAUUAGCUUAAAUUUACCAAAAUUUACAAAUGUUUAGAAUCAACUUCCUCACACUGUCUCUCAUGCUUUUCUUUAUUUGAUUUGAUUUGUCUUUGCAGGAGAUCAUGAAUGCCCUCAAACAGACUUGGCAUGUGUCCUGUUUCGUCUGUAGUGCCUGCAAUCAGCCAAUCAGAGGCAACAUGUUCCACAUGGAGGAUGGGCAGCCAUACUGUGAACAAGGUACGAGAAGAACCCAGAUAAAGUUCAGAAUAAAGUUUGAUUGGUUGAUUGAUUGAUUGAACAGGACAGGCUAAGUAGAUAUGAAGUUAGGGUUAGGGUUAUGGGGUUUGGGUUAAAGUGUUAUUGUUACAUUGGGGUAACCUUGGGAUAUUGGAGUUUUAACACAUUUGCUGACCAGUGAUCCUCAAGGAAAUGAGGUAGAGCUGGGACCAAGACCAAACCACCCUAUUUCAUGUACCCUGAUUUUACUGGUACCAAAAUGAAGUCUCUACAAAGUUGCAUUCAAAAGUUAUAGGCAAUUUAAAAAAUCCCAAUUCAAGUGAAUGGGAUUGCCCGGGCUUUAACAGAACAGGCUACAUAGAUAUGGCAUUAGAGUUAGGGUUAAAAUUACUGUCCAGGACCUAUUUAGGAGCACAUUUCAGACCAUUUGGAGUCAAUUGGUACAAAAAAAAAUUUUGGAAAAAUAUCUUUUUUUUGUUGUUGAAUGUAUGCAAAUUAGUGCAUAUUCAGUUAGAUACUGCCUAAUUUACAUAUUCAUACAUAACAUUUGAAAAAACUUGUAAUACAAAAAGUAUUUGUCUUAAUGUAAGUUAUAAACUUGGGAAGUUUCAUGGUGAUAUCUGUUAGUUAAAAAUUUUACCCUAUUCACCUGGGGUGUCUCCCCUGGGCUUCCUAUCCAUCAUGGAUGCCAUCUUAAAAAUAGCACCUUUCUAGUGGUCAAACUUGGGUAAACUUUUAGUAUGUUAUUAAGGACAUCUUAUACUAUAAAAAACAGCUGAGAAACCUUUUUUGGGGUCAAGUCAUAAAUGCACCUGACUAUUGUUGCACCACAUCAUAUUUGUUUGUUCACCUAGACUACUACAGCCUGUUUGGGACAAACUGCCACGGCUGUGACUUCCCCAUCGAGGCGGGGGAUAAGUUCCUGGAGGCUAUGGGAUUCACCUGGCAUGACACCUGCUUUGUGUGUGCGGUAGGUGCAGGAGACGGUGUAACUCACAGUUACAAGACAACAGAAUCUACAAACAAGAAAUAACAUGUAACAUCUUCAUCUACAGGUGUGCUCUGCUAACCUGGAGGGUCAGCCAUUCUUCUCGAAAAAAGACAAGGCUCUGUGCAAGAAACAUGCUCACUCUGUCAACAUCUGACCUGCCUCCAUUAAAGGGCAACAGUGUCAGUUUACAGCAAUUCAUAGUUCUUAAGAUGUUUUGGUAAUUACAACUGUGUUCUGGUAGAAGUACAUUGGGUCAGAGGUUCCACUCUAUGCUUUAUUUUUGCUCCAAUUUUGUUGGUUCAUAUCUGUUUUAUAAAGUUAAACUAUGCAGGACUACCCUUCUUUUUCUAUACUUGUGUCAAGGUUUUCAUACACAUGUUUGUGUCGGAGUUUUAAUCUCUUGAUGGGACGUUUCUUUUUUUUUUUUUUUACCUCACACAGAACAAAAGAGAUCACUGCAAUGACCUACUGAGCCCCUCAGGGGUCACAUACAGUAUUAGGAGAAAAAAUAUGAUGUGCGAAGAUAUGCUAUUACACUAAAAGUGUAAGUAAAAGAGUUAUUUAACAUCAGGGGGAUAUAUUUAUUAAAAGUGAAGAUUGUUCUGUUAGUGUAGGUUAAAAUGGGAAAUUAAAGUUUUUUACUUUUGUUUGUAAAACUAAAAGCACAAACAUUUGUACAGCGGUGUGCAAAUUAGACGCUGCAAAUUUGAAUAUUUUUGAUAACAAUUCAGUGCAAAGAUAAAAUUGCAAUAUAGAUUUUCCUGUAAAGUUAAUUAUAACUUUAAAUCAGGGGCAGAAUGGUUCAAAGGAGACGUGAAUUUACUUCAUCUGGAAUUUCAUUAAAAAAUAAUUUCGAUUUCAAAAUGAUAAAGUCAGUGUUGAUGUAUUUUACAGAAUCCUCUUCCCUCCAUUGUGGCAGUGUUUUCUCCAUUUAUACCAAUUAGGAUGCUUCAUAUUUGAUCUGUUCUUAUACAUUCAGUGUUUUUUCUUAAAUUUGUUUAUAAUUAACAAAAAUGAUGUUAAUAUAUAUUUCAGUUCCAUUUGUCUUGCACAUUUUCUUUAAAUAGAGGAAAACGUGCAUGUUUGUUUUUACUUCAGCAAAAGAUUUCGUCAUUGAACACUGCUUAAAAAAGCACCAGUCAUUUUAAUCUCAUUUCAAUAAAAUGGUUCAACAUAGACUGACA